AUGCAUACUCCAUCCAUCAAUAUUUUGCUCGCCGUCGGCCUUCUCUUCUCUACCCCAUUCACAUCGGCUCUUACUAUCCCUUCCAUCGAUAAGAAGUCCAUUGCUGGUACGGGCAUAGAAUCCAUCGAGACUCGUGAAAUUCCUGGUCUCAUCAAUCGUCAUCACACCGAAGCCCAGAUCGCCGCUAAGGAGGCAAAGGCAAAAGGAAAAGGACAGCGCGAUGUUUUGGAGAGAGAAGCACAUCACACUGAAGCACAGAUUGCUGCUAAGGAAGCCAAGGCCGGGAAAAAGAAUGGACGCGACGUUGAAACCAGACACCACACUGAAGCACAAAUCGCAGCGAAGAAAGGAAAAGCUUCCAAAGGUCAACGUGAUGUAGAAGAGAGGGAACCUCACCACACAGAGGCACAAAUUGCUGCCAAAGAAGCGAAGGCCGGGAAGAAGAAUGGUCGCGACGUUGUAACCAGACAUCAUACUGAAGCACAAAUCGCAGCCAAAGAAGCUAAAGCUAAAGCCAAGAACCAGCGCGAUGUCGAGCAACGUGAAGCUCACCACACCGAGGCUCAAAUUGCUGCUAAGAAGGGCAAAGCUUCUAAGAAUCAACGCGACGUGGAACAACGUGAAGCCCAUCAUACCGAGGCCCAAAUCGCUGCUAAGAAGGGCAAAGCUUCUAAGAAUCAACGCGAUGCUACCAUCGAGGAGCGCGAGCCUCAUCAUACCGAAGCGCAGAUUGCUGCUAAGCAAGCCAAAGCUGGUAAAUCCAAAGGACAAUAG